GGCCAUAGGCUCGCCGUGCACGACGCGACCGCGGACCUGCGCUUCCUCGUCCUGCCGGCGCGGCCCGAGGGGACCGGCGGCUGGUCGGCGGAGCAGCUCGCCACCCUCGUGACACGAGACGCGAUGAUUGGCACCGCGGUGUGUGAGGUUGGGUGA